GGCUCCGGGAUGGUGGCUGUACCGGCGGGUGGGCUGCAGCAGCAACAACGCCAGCGAGCGAGGGGCAGCGCCAGGCGGGUGUCGCGGGGCGCCUUCCCGGAGCUAAGGAGCAGCUGAACGCCUCUUUCGACUGACUAGGCUCCAAACGGAUAAAACGGUCUUCAUCAGGAGUCGGCCAUGUCGAUCAUGGACCACAGCCCAACCACCGGGGUGGUGACGGUCAUCGUCAUCCUGAUCGCUAUUGCUGCUCUGGGCGCCCUGAUCCUGGGCUGCUGGUGUUACCUGCGGCUGCAGAGGAUCAGCCAGUCGGAGGACGAGGAGAGCAUAGUUGGCGAGGGAGAGACCAAAGAGCCAUUCCUCCUGGUGCAGUACUCUGCCCGCGGGCCGGGCAUGGAGAGGAAAGCCAAGCUGACCCCGAACGGCACCGAGGCUCACAGCUAACUGGCUGUCUGGGGGAAAGAGGGGGGUCCGUGUGGCCGGGCCUGGGAACCGGUACUGUGAAGCAAACCUUGCCCCCGGAACGAGAGGUUUGUCCCGUGGCUGUGUCUGCGCUGGGGACGAUUUCCACUCCGGCCCCUGCCGCACCGCCUCCUGUUUUUGGCACAAGGUCCAUUGCCGGCAAUGGACAGUUGGGGGGACACGGGGGUGCGUCGGGAAAGGGGGACGGCAAGUGCCCGGCCUGUUACUUGAAUUAUUCCACUGAGCCUCUUCGGAACGGAGCUACUGACAUAAUGUGAACUUCAACUGUGAACUGGGCGUGUACAUAGGCAGCCUCCGCACGGAAUGGGACGUAUGCGCUUUUGCCCGGGGGGGGAGAGCACCACUCCUGGAUUUCGGGAAGACGCAUGGCCGCCGAUGGGAUUUCUCCAAAGCCAAACUGGG